AUGAAUAAGCAGAGCUGUGACUCACUCAUUGUUCAUUCCUCCUCCAUUGCUCUUCUGCAAGAGAGGUUCAGACAAUUGCAGAGAGCAAAGGAGAUGAGAGAGGGGAGAGAGCUAUUGAGACAGGUAACUGAACCUGUUCAUGACAAUUCAUCCAUGUGCCAAGACCCAUCUAGAGUACUGUUCCAAUCUGAGUUAAUCCGUCCUCUGAGGCUGCCUCUUCAAGGUUCCCCCUCCUCCUCCUACCAGAAGUCGCAAAGCAAGCAACCUGAUCUAUGGGCUGCUGCAACUCCUCCAACUUCAGCAAGUUUACACUAUAUGGAGACAGUCAAGCACAGAUCAUCAAGUAGCUUUCAAGAGUCAGAUAUUGAUACUUCUCUUCAUCUGUGA